UGUGAACGCUGUGUAGAAGGAAGUCAAUAGAUUCUCCCAUCAGCGUUUCUCACAGACAGGUGAGUGCUACAGAAACAGAAAUCCAGAAACAUGAGUGACUUUGGAGGAGUGGGAGUGACCACAUCCUUCAACCAGUCUUCAGUGGUCAACCAGAUGAAUGUCAGUAAUUCAACUCAUUGCGAUCAGGUUGACACCUCGGCCCACCUUUUCUUCAUGCUGGUUUACAGUCUGGUGUUUCUGGUGGGUUUGCUCCUCAACGGCUUCACCCUGAAGGUUUACUUCUGCCGAGCUCAGCAGGCAUCCAGCAGUGUGACCAUCUACCUGAAGAACCUGGCGGCCGCCGACUUCCUGAUGAGCCUCUGUCUCCCCAUCAGAAUCACCAACUACGCCAGCAGCUCCGUCUAUGUCCGCCAGGUCUACUGCAACUUUGGUGCCUCCGCCUUCUAUCUGAACAUGUACGCCAGCAUCCUGUUCAUGGGUUACAUCGCAGCUAACCGGUACCUGAAGAUCGUCCAUCCUUUAGGAACUCACAUCCUGCAGACGGUGCGAGCUGCUCACAUUAUCUCCACGGUAACCUGGGCUUUCCUCUUGGCCACAACGAGCGCCUAUGUCAUCCUGUCGCUCGUCACCCAGAAACCAUUAGACUGUGUCCCCAAAACAGUGAGCUGUGACGUCCUGCACAGUAAACAGCUCAGCCUGUUCUACAAACUCAUCCACACCUGCUCUGCUGCCAUUUUCCUGCUCAUCCUUGUCUCCCUGGUCUUCUUCUACUACAGAGUUUCCCGCAGGCUGUCGCUGGCACAGCAGAGGCAGCCGGUAUCCUCUAGCUCCAAGAAGCUUGCCAAGUCACGCAGGAACAUGUUGGUGCUGGUCAGCGUCUUCUGUGUUUGCUUUGUCCCUUACCACCUGAUUCGCUUACCCUACGCUUUCCUGAGGGGGAAUUACUUACAGAACCAGGUGUUCUUCUACCUGAAGGAGCUGACCAUCAUGGUGUCGGUUCUCAACGUCUGCCUGGACCCGCUCAUCUAUUUCAUCUUCUGCAAGGCUUUCCGGUCCCAGCUGAGAUUGGGGAGGGUAUUCAGCACCAUCCAGGACGCAACGCAUGGAGCUAAUCUUGAGAGGAGGAGCAGCAGCGGGCGGAUGAGCGGCAUCAAAAUCAACAGGAAGACGUCGCUCAGCACGUCGGCAAAGCAGACCACUGUGCUGUAGCUUAAAAAUCACAGACAUCAACACCUAUGACUGUUGCUAAAACAUGACAAUUACAACACAACUGCAAAUAUGUUCCAAAACUGACAUCUGCCGGUAAAAAGACCAGCCAAUAGGAGAUGGCCAUUUCAGCACCCUGCUUUUUUAACAGAAGAUGUCAGGCUUCAGGCUUGACCACAACAGACUUGUGGUUGGAUUUGUUUUACUCGUGCACUUUCGCGGACCCAUGUGGCAGCAGGUGAUUCUGUUUAAGUGACUGAAAGUUUGAAGGACCUCAUUACACAGAAAUAAUGUAAAGUGAUAUCAGUAAUCUAAAGCUGUGUUUCAAGCCAGUGAUGUGAGUACCAUCCAAUGAUUGUAUUUCAAGAUGAGAAAUAGAGAACUCGGCCUUUGUAAACAAGAUUUGUGUUAUCAGAUAUGUAAAGUUACCUAAAAUUGAGUGAAAGGUUGAAUGUUCACUCUUGACCUUGGAAAGUUUGAUUUUGUCUUGACAAUUUUUUUGUCAAUCUAAAAAUUCAGUAGUUGCAUUUGAAGGGUAUUAAAUGAGUGCUGCAGAUUUAAAUGGCUGACUGUACUGAGCAUGCAGUGCAUUACAAAAUUGCGCAUCAUUGUACAAAUGUACAGUCAUAAAACUGAACCCUGAGGAACAUCCCUAUCUACAUUGCAGGAACUUAACAUCAGACUGAAAAGAAGUGUUUCUCUGCUCUCUCUGGUUGAACGUUGAAAAGUCUGUUUCAGUCUGACGGUCAGACGUGUGCUCUGUUGCACUUGUAACCACACCCAACAGUGAUGUCACAAGGUCCUGGAGUACAUCUGCACAUCACUGCAACAAGGUUAAACCAAUGGAGUUCAGCAAAAACAAGAUUUUCAGGGGGCAUCCCAACCUGAACUUUUAUGAACCUCUGAGGCACUGGUGCGAAGGUCUGCCUCGCGUUUUCAGUGCAAACCAGGACAUUUUGGAUGCACGUCAUUAAAAAGGCAACAGACUACGGCAACGCUGUUACGUGCUGUUUGGUAGGCGAGUGCUGUCUUGAGACACACUGGCAGUGGAUGAAUAUUGAUAAUGAUUCAUAUGUAAUGACUUUUAAACAUCAGUACCAUUAAAUUAGAGUGUAUGUGCAUGAUGUGAUGUGGAUCUUUUAGAAUAUGAGGAACUAGUCCCCAAAGCCAAGAACAGGGUAAAAAAGACAGAACCUGUGACAAUCUAAACAUGUUAUGUUAUGGGUAGUUGAUAUGUUGUUUUAGUGAAAUAGUGUAGUUUGAUCAUCAGCUGUUUGUGUACAUUGCAUUAUUCACUCUGACAUGGUGUUUGUGUUAGUCAAUUUCUGCUUGGAAGGUUGUUAUUUCCAUAACUUUACUUACAACAACCUGUACAGCUGCAUCUAUCGCAUCCUAACUUGCCACCAUUUUUAUCGCAGUUUUUCUGUUAGUGUACAGCCUUCAGUGAGCAAAACACCAAACCUUUGAUGUGGGCAGCGAUUCAGAGGUCUGGAACUAGGCUAGAAAUUAUGCCAUGUCUAGAGCUAAAUCCAGACUGGUUGGGGCUGAGCACAGAGAACAUUUAAAGGAGGGUCGACAGUUAUUUGUGUCUAAUUUGUUGUUACCCUUAUGUAAAGGAUAGGUUGUUUUGAAAGAUAUGGGCAUUUUUCCUGUCGCUUUGAUAAGUUAUUAGUACCUGUAGAUGUGCUGGAUGAGAACAUUAUUAGGCCCAUUAUGUAUGUGUGCAAUAUAUACAAUAUACUCAAUACUUAAAAGGCAUAUGGUACAAUGCAUUUAGGCUACAUGUAUUUUGUAUAUUACAUCAGAAUACUGUUUACUAACUGGUUCUUCUUCUUAUUGUUGUUGUUAUAAUUAGUAGUAAUAUUAAAGUAUUAUAAAUGUGGGGGAAUCCCUCUCUGGGGGAGAGUUUGGUGCCUUUUCUCACUGAUGGGAAGUGACUUAACAUCAAUUCAUCUUGUCUACACUUCCAUCAGACAGUUUUCUCACAGAGUCACAUCAGGCUGAAUGUUGCCGCAGCUGAAAACAUUAAUAAUGGGGAAGUUUGGUUUAGUUGUGCCACUUAACUGACAAUAACAGCGACUGUUAUCCAAACUCAUUCACUUCAUUCAUUAACUCCUAAGGCUGCCAGCAGAAAUAAUUGUGUUGUAACAGAUACAAAUGUACAGUUUAAUCUUUGUUUUUAAGGAUUUUCUUUUCACCACAGCCCUACCUAAGUCCAAGGAGAUAUGUUGUUUAUGUGACAUCAUUAUCAUGUGGUGCUAAAUAGAUCGUUCUUCUGAUGGACAUGUAUACCCCACCUGGUACUAACAUGUAUUAACAUCUGUAUCUGGAUCAGAAAAACUCUUUCAACAUGCAUAUGGCAUGUGAGUAUUAUAUUAAAAUAAAGGGUCCUAUUUUCCUGCCUGGGUCCGCCAGGAAAUGGUUCAUGUUUGUGUGUUGAUUUAACAGUUCAGAAGAAAUGUUACCUCUUAGUUUAUAUAAUAUAUUUUCCAUAUGUUGAAAUCAAAUGAUUAUGAAUAAUUUCUAUCCAUUUUGACAGUUGUGGGCAUGUUUUUGCAGCCACUUCUUAGCUAUUUAUUUCAAAGCAACCUCAGUCCUUAUGCAAUUUUUCCCAGACAUUGUCUGUUUUUUUUCUUGUGCUAAGGUGGGAGAAGUGUUUAGUGUUGGUGCUCAUUGGACUUGCAUUUGUCCACUCCAAAUAAAUGCUAAUCUUGC